CAGUGUACGACACAACAGACACUAUUUGUUGUUGUUAACUGGUUUUUUACUCGGAAUCAGGGAAUUGUUAGUGGUUGAAUCAAUCUGUGUAGUGUGUCAAUAUAUAGACAGGAGAGCGGAGCCGGCGCGAGAGGACGUGCGGUGCGAUUGCAGCUGUAACAAAACACCAGAAACCCAGCAAUGCGGUUAAUCAUCCUCGACGACGCCACUGUGGUGGCGGACUGGGCCGCGAGGUUCGUGCUCCAGCGCAUCUCGGAGUUCAAGCCCGGACCUGGGCGACACUUCGUGCUGGGGCUGCCCACGGGUGGAACACCCCUGGGGAUGUACAGGCGGCUUAUUGACUUCUAUAAGGAGGGCCGGCUGUCCUUUAAAUACGUCACCACGUUCAACAUGGACGAGUAUGUUGGCUUGCCCCGCGACCACCCCGAAUCGUACCACUACUACAUGUGGAACGAGUUCUUCAAGCACAUCGACAUCGAGCCCGGCAACGCGCAUGUGCUGGACGGCAACGCGCCGGACCUGGCCGCCGAGUGCCACCGCUAUGAGGAGCUGAUCGCGGCCGCGGGCGGCGUGCAUCUUUUUAUCGGAGGGAUCGGUCCGGACGGGCACAUCGCGUUCAACGAGCCAGGCUCAUCGUUGGUGUCCCGCACACGAGUCAAGACUCUCGCCUACGACACGCUGGAAGCCAACAAGCGGUUCUUCGGCGGCGACAUCUCGCAGGUGCCGCGGCAGGCGCUCACCGUCGGCGUGGGGACGGUCAUGGAUGCCAAGGAGGUGAUGAUCCUGAUCACGGGCGUGCACAAGGCCCUGGCGCUGUCCCGUGCCGUCGAGGAGGGCGUCAACCACAUGUGGACCGUUUCCGCCUUCCAGCAACACCCUCAAACGUUGCUCAUAGCUGACGAAGACGCCACGCUGGAGCUGCGGGUUAAGACCGUCAAGUACUUCAAGGCGCUGAGCGAGGAGCACCAGCGGCUGAUCGCGGAGCUGCCCGUCCACCAGCAGGCCGUGCUGCACUAGCGGCACACGAGCGUAGCGAGACGGUGUAGUGUAACCACGCACGCCGCAACACAGACACACAAACAGAUUAUAUAUCAUGAAGGGAAAACUUCACUCCUAAGCUACCAACCAACAACAACAACAUAUAGAUACCGUAACAGGCAGUGAAACCUCGCUCCUGUAAGAUCAGUUUAAAUCGUCAAUUUUAGUACCAAAAAUGUUGAAGGCAAAACAAUGUACAGUCAGCAAUACUACGCUUAGCACCAUUGCAUACAAACUUCUAUGCAGGGGGGGUACCUUUUCUCUGCAGCUGACUGUACAUAUUAAAUGGGAUAGAUGAUACCCCUGAUGGGACCCUGGGAAAAGUUUCUGUUUGGUCUGUCUUUGUCCUUGUCUACAUUUCAAAAGAAGCCUUCAAGAAACAUCCAGGAACUAAAAAGUAAAAAAUAUCGGUAUUUACAUACGAUUUGAAUCGAGUGGAAUCUUGAGUUGCGAGGGUUAAACAAAUUUUGCAUUUAAUUACUUUGCCACACAUGUGGAUAAAAUGAAACUUUCUCAUCAGUUUUUGAACAAUUAAGACAGCCUUUACCAACUGGUGUGGUGAAAAAUAAUACACAUAUGUUGUGCUUUCGUUUGCCGUUUGAAUAUGCAAAAUGUUAUUUGUAAACCUUACAUAUCAACUUAGGUACUAUUUUAUAUCAUAAUUCCAGAGAAUAUUAUUUAUAAGAUUUAGCUAUUUUACUUUAAUUUACAAGAUCAAUAUUUUUUUAAUGUUUACUAUUCAUUAUAAUUGUUGGUGAUGGUUAGAUUUACCUCAAAUAAACGAAUCUACUUUGUAAUCUAGUCUAAAAAUGAA